GUCGAGGCCUCGAGUUUGGCCGACGAUACAUGCGACUGAACCUUUCAAUCUCCAGCCAUUCUUAACCCGUGGCGCAUCCCACACGAGAUGAAGCGCUCGCAGGACUUUGUCCCCGCUUCACCCAACCGUUCCUUUUCUCCAAUUCACAAGAAGGUCAAGGUCGGCUCUCCCGGCUUCGCUCAGCCAAACCCCUUCGAAACCGCCGAAGUACACCAGUCAGGCUCGCCAGAAUGGACACGCGUCGACAAGAGAAAGGCUAAAAAGGCCAGAAAAGCAGAGGCAAAGCAGGAGGCACGAAUUCCGCGUUUCAUGUACGUGAACAGCGAGAUCGUCAAGCGCAGGGAUGCUAUCCACAUUGAUGACAUUCGAGACCUCGUCCUACACCUUGUUGGCGACGCGCCUCCCCCAAACUGGCUCAGAAUAGAGGAAGCGCGUUCAAUCAACAAAGUCGUCGCCCUCCUCGUCCCUGGUAUAACCCCUUCUUUCAUCAAUCUCCCGCCCUUGCCCACUUCUGCCACCGCGAACCCCAAUCUCCCACUUGCAAUACCCCUGCCUUCCGACCAUCACAGCGGCAUACCAUUCAUAGCCUCAACCUUUAGCCAUGCUUGUCCCACUCGUGCACCUGGCGAGCAGACCCGCAUGUGGUCUGUCCUCAGCCAGUUCUUCCAAUGCCCCCUCCACCCAGACGAACGGCGCAGGCGCGAGAAAGAGCGCAAGAUUUCAGAACGCGUGUUCGACAAAGACCCCACGCAGUACCUCCUCACCCUCCAGCAGAUGAUCGAGAAUGACUACCCCGUCCCUUCCUACUUGGCCGACGUCUUCCAAAAGCCCGACGGCUGGGUCGAGGUGCCCCAGGCCAAUGCUGAGGCCGUCAAGUUUCUCCCUCACGACAGGCAGCGUUCGAGAUUGUACGCUAUCGACUGCGAAAUGUGCCUGACGGAAGAUGGCAAGGAACUCACGCGUGUAUGCGUCAUUGAUUUCGAGACAAACAUUGUCGUGUACGACAAACUCGUCAAGCCUCCCAAGCCCGUCAUCGACUAUCUCACUCGCUGGUCCGGUAUUACCGAAGAGUCCCUCUCAACAGCGACAACGACCCUCCCCGAAGUCCAAGCCUACCUGCUCACCCUCCUCGCCCCGCGCGGGGGCCCCAACGCUAUCCUCCUCGGCCACUCCCUCGAGUCCGACCUGCGCGCCCUGCACCUGUGCCACCCUAUGUGCAUCGAUACCGCCGUGAUCUACCACCACCCGCGCGGACGGCCGCUCAAGCCCGGGCUCGCGUGGCUCACCAAGAAGUGGGCCGGGCGCGAGAUCCAGAUGCGCGGCGAGGGCGGGCACGAUCCCGAGGAAGAUGCCCGCGCGUGUCUUGAUUUGUUGAAGCUCAAGAUCGCGAACGGCGCGUGGUUUGGGGAGUUUAAGACGGAUACAGAGUCCAUCUUUGAGCGCAUGUCGCGCGCGACGAGGAUGGGCGGCGGAGGGGGCACGGUGAGGAGUGCUGUGGUGGAUCAUGGGAAUCCGGGGGUGAUGCAUGGGAGCAAGGCGAACGCGUGUGUGGGGUGUGCGAGCGACGAUGAGGUGUUGAAGGGGCUGCUACAGGUCGUGCCGAGCCAUGAGUUUACGUUUGGGCGGUUUACCGGCUUGGCGGAUGUGCUUGGCUGGGUGACACCCAAAGGCACAAUUGAACCUCCACCCACACCUGGCACGCCCGCUAUCGCUGGCUCUUCCACGCCCACCUCCUUCCCGGGACUCAAGCCCACCCCACCCUCGCCGUCCCCCGAAAUCCUGCAAGCAGCCCAAGAGCGUCUCAACUCGCAUCUGCUGUCCCUGUACACCGCUCUGCCCGCGCGCACGGCGUUCAUCAUCUUCACGGGGCACUCGGACCCGCGGCGCAUGUCCGCGCUGAACGGGCGCAAGGCCGCGUUCGAGACCGCGAUCAAGAAUGGGAGAAAAGCGGAGGACAUGGACCGCGCGACGGAGUGGUGGACCGCUGCGGACGGGCGGGAGCUCGAGGAGGAGGUCGAGAAGGCGAAGAGGGGGUUGAUGUUUUUGGGUGUUAAGUAGAUUGUUGGCGGAUAGGGGUGCAGCGACGUUCGCCUGCGCGCUUUGUUUCUUCUGUCGGAGGGUUGUCUUGGCUUUUUGUGUCUUGCGAUGUUUCCAUUUGCACGUAGAUUUGUUUUGCUACGCUUGCAAUUGACGUCAUCGUUUUCUCG